UGACAGAAUUAUUUUUGUGCUGGACCCUCAAGUCCAGUCCACAGCCCUCUUCCUAUGUGCUGCUUUGCCUGGAUUCAACUUUAGUAACGUGAAAGGGCGUUUAUUUUGUUUAUUUAUUUAUUUUUCCACUUGUAUUUUUUCAUACUUUAGUUUGUGCUUUGCAUUGGACUAGCUGACCUAAAGGAUUUGGAUAAGAAUUGCCACCUAGAGCCUCUCAGGAUGUCCUCUGUAUCCUUACCUUUCUAUCAAAAAGAGCACCGACAUUAUGAUCGUUCCUACCGCAACAAAGAGGUGAAGUCGUCCCUCAGUCAGUACCACAUGGAGGCUUCCUCCAGCAGCAAAGGAUUGAAGGUCGCCCAUUCAUCUGGUGAGAAAAUGGAAAUGACAUCUUUGAAGUUGAGCCCACUACCUAAGAGAGCAAAACCCUCCUACAUUGCUUUUGAUGAGAGUGACAUAAUUGGCUAUGUUGUUCCAGUAUUUAGAGGCCGCCGAGAACACAUUAGUGGAAUAACUGACACUGAAGAAGAGAGGAUUAAAGAGACCGCUGGAUAUGUUGCAAGAAGAAACCUUUUAUCUACUGGUGAAGGUGUGACGGUUGUUGCUAACACUGCAGAAGAAUCAUUAGCUGAGGAAAGAUUUGAAAAGAAGAGCAGGAAAGUCUCUGUCAGAGAAUCAGCCGAACGGAUCAGCUUAAGAAAGAAGAUUCACGAGACUGAAGAACUUCACAAGAAGCUUAAUGAAGACAGUCUACUGCAUGCUCCUGAGUUUGUCAUUAAACCUCGAUCCCAUACAAUUUGGGAAAAACAGAGUGUCAAGCUACAUUGCACUGUGUCUGGAUGGCCUGAACCCCGUGUAACCUGGUACAAAAACAACGUUCCCAUUGAUACCCAUGUUCAUCCUGGCAAGUACAAAAUUGAGAGUAGAUACAGCGUGCACUCACUGGAAAUCAACAGAUGUGACUUUGAUGACACUGCACAGUAUCGUGUUUCUGCAAUGAAUGUCAAAGGAGAGCUCUCAGCCUUCGCAUCAGUUGUGGUGAAGAGAUAUAAAGGAGAAAUUGAGGAUUUUGAUUUCACCCAUAUUUCAAAGCCUUCUUCAUGGGGGCUUCCAUCUGCAUAUGGGAAGACAUUUGAAGUCAAUAUUGUUGAUAAGUUUGGAGUGUCCUUUGGACGAGAAGGGGAGACAAUGAGUUUAGGAUGUACAGUCAUCGUUUACCCCGCAGUUAGGAAUAUACAGCCAGAAAUUCAAUGGUACAGAGAUGAUGUUCUUCUUGAACCAUCAAAAUGGGUACAGAUGCACUGGAGUGGUGAACGUGCUACAUUGACCCUCAAUCACUUGAACAAGGAAGACGAGGGCCUAUACACUAUGCGUGUGGUGACCAAAUCGGGAUAUGACACCUAUAGUGCUUAUGUGUUUGUCCGAGAUGCUGAUGCAGAAAUUGCCGGUGCUCCAGGUGCUCCAUUGGAUGUUAGCUGUUUAGAUGCCAACAAGGAUUAUGUUAUUGUCACUUGGAAACAACCUGCUGUAGAUGGUGGCAGCCCCAUCCUAGGUUACUUUAUUGACAGGUGUGAGGUGGGUACUACACACUGGAGCCAAUGCAAUGACACACCUGUUAAGUUUGCUCGCUUCCCUGUCACUGGUCUGAUUGAAGGACGCUCUUAUGUUUUCCGAGUCCGAGCUGUAAAUAAAGUUGGCAUGAGCAGACCAUCAAGAGUAUCCAGUCCCAUUGCUGCAUUGGAUCCUGCUGACAGAGCAAGAAUGAAAGGUUAUGCAUCAGCUCCCUGGACUGGACAAAUUAUUGUAACUGAGGAGGAGCCCACAGAGGGAGUAGUGCCCGGCAAGCCUUGUGAACUGAGUAUUAUUGAAGCCACUAAAAACUAUGUUGUCCUUAGCUGGAAGCCUCCAGGUCAGAGGGGCCAUGAAGGCAUCAUGUACUAUGUGGAAAAGUGUGUUUCAGGCACAGAUAACUGGCAGAGGGUGAACACAGAAAUCCCUGUGAAGUCACCCCGUUUUGCACUUUUUGACUUGGCGGAAGGGAAGUCCUACUGCUUCCGUGUCCGGUGCUGCAACUCUGCAGGAGUGGGAGAGCCUUCUGAAGCAACUCAGUCUAUUGUGGUGGGAGAUAUGCUGGAUAUUCCCAAGUCUCCGGGAGCUGUUAUACCAACACGCAAUACAGACACAUCUGUGGUUGUUUCCUGGGAGGAAUCUAAGAAUGCAAAGGAGCUGGUUGGGUAUUACAUUGAAGCCUCAAUUUCUGGUUCAGGAGUCUGGGCACCCUGCAACAACAAGCCAGUUAAAGGCAAGAGAUUUAUUUGCCACGGGCUUUUAACUGGACAGACGUAUGUGUUUCGGGUGCGGGCUGUUAACGCAGCAGGGCUCAGUGAUUUCUCUCAAGAAUCAGAGGCUAUUGAAGUCAAGGCAGCUCUUGGGGGAGGCAUUCCUCAUGCUUCCCCUGCUCCACCUUAUGGAAUCACAGUGUUAGAAAGUGUUCGGGAUUCGAUGGUUCUUGGAUGGAAACAGCCCAAAUUUCAUGGGGGAUCUGAAAUUACUGGUUAUUUCGUGGACUAUCGGGAAUUGGUUGAUGGAGUUCCAGGAAAGUGGAAGGAAGGAAACAUCAAGGCUAUCAGUGACAGGGCCUACAGGGUGAGUGAUCUAAAAGAAAAUAAGAUAUACCAGUUUCAAGUGCGUGCUAUUAACGUGGCUGGUGUUGGAGUGCCAUCACUUCCUAGUCAACCCUUCAAGUGUGAGGAAUGGACCAUUGCUGUGCCAGGACCUCCCUAUGACCUCAGGUGCUCUGAAGUGAGGAAGAACUCCUUGGUGCUACUUUGGAAUCCACCUGUGUACAUUGGCCGCAGCGAGGUCAGUGGUUACUAUGUGGAUAUUAAAGAAGCUGAUGCAGAUGAGGAGCAGUGGAAGGCUGUGAAUGAGAUUGCAACAGAUAAGAAAUACAUGAAGAUAAAAGAACUAAAAGAGGGACAUGCCUAUGUAUUCCGUGUACGGGCACAAAACAGGGCAGGUGUUAGCAAACCAUCAGAUGUGACAGAGCCCGUUGUUGCGGAGACCCGCCCAGGCACCAAGGAAGUGAUGGUGGAUGUCGACGAUGAUGGUGUAAUCUCACUGGUUUAUGAGUGUUCAGAGAUGGCUGCAGAUUCUAAAUUUGUCUGGUCCAAGAAUUAUGAAGAAAUUUCUGAUUCUUCUAGGCUUUCAAUGGAGACCAAAGGUGGCAGAACAAGAGUUAUCUUUAAAGACCCAGCAGUUGAAGAUGUGGGCAUUUACUCAUGCAUUGUCACAGAAACAGAUGGCAUUUCUUCCAGCUAUUCUUUAGAUGAAGAUGAGCUGAAGCGUUUGCUACAGGUCAGCCAUGACCAUAAAUUUCCCACAAUACCUCUCAAGUCGGAGUUGGCUGUUGAACUUCUGGAGAAGGGGCGUGUUAGAUUUUGGAUGCAAGCAGAAAAACUUACUCCAAAUGCUAAAGUCAAUUACGUAUUUAACGACACUGCAAUUGUACAUGGGGAGAAAUACAGCAUGAAGCUUGACAAGAACACUGGUAUUAUUGAAAUGUUUAUGGAGAAACUGGAGGAUGAAGAUGAAGGCACAUUCACCUUUCAACUUCAAGAUGGAAAAGCAACAAACCAAUCCAGCUUGGUUCUCAUUGGAGAUGUCUUCAAAAAACUACAGAAGGAAUCAGAAUUCCAGAGGCAAGAAUGGUUCAGAAAACAAGGGCCUCACUUUGUGGAAUAUCUUGGAUGGGAAGUUACACCAGAAUGCAACGUGCUGCUGAAAUGCAAGGUUGCUAAUAUCCUUAAGGACACUAGCAUUAUCUGGUACAAAGAUGAAAGAGAGAUCAUGGUUGAUGAAAAGCAUGACUUCAAGGAGGGAGUGUGCACUCUUCUGAUUUCAGAGAUUUCAAAGAAGGAUGCUGGUAUUUAUGAAGUUAUACUGAGAGAUGACAGAGGAAAAGACAAAAGUUUAUUAAAAUUGGUUGAUAAAGGUUUCACUGAAUUAAUGAAUGAUGUCUGCAGAGUUAUUGCUGAGUCUGCCACAGAAUUAAAAAUUCAGAGUACAGAACACGGAAUAAGACUGUAUUCAUUUGUGAACUAUUACACAGAAGAACUCAAAGUUGCCUGGCAACAUAAGGAUUCAAAGAUUUCCUACACAGACAGAGUAAAGAGUGGUGUCACUGGAGAACAGUUGUGGCUACAAAUCAAUGAGCCAACUGAUAAAGAUAAGGGCAAAUAUACAAUCAUUAUAUUUGAUGGUAAAGAUGGACUCCAGAAAUCAGUAGACUUAUCUGGACAAGCAUAUGAUGAAGCCUAUGCAGAAUUCCAGAGGCUGAAGCAAGCUGCAAUAGCUGAGAGAAACCGUGCACGAGUGGUUGGUGGUCUUCCUGAUGUGGUCACCAUCCAGGAGGGCAAGUCUCUUAACCUGACCUGCAAUAUUUGGGGUGACCCAGUUCCCGAGGUUACAUGGCUAAAGAAUGAGCGUCAGAUGGUGUCCGACAACCAUUACAUCCUAAAAUUUGAAUCAGGAAAGUUUGCCAGCUUCACUAUCACUUCAGUCACAACUCAAGACUCUGGGAAGUACAGCAUUGUGGUGAAAAACAAGUAUGGCACGGAAAGUGGUGACUUCACUGUAAUUGUAACGCAAGCCACUGGAGACCUGUGCAUGGCAAUGUAUGUGACAGAUGGAACUGGAAACGUUAUGGAAGCAGUUAUUCCUGACAGUAAAAAGAAGUCUACAUCAUUAGCAAGCACAACAAAGAAGAGUGAAAGAAAAGUGAUGGAGCUUGCAAAGCCAAAGAUUGAAGAAAUUGAGACCACAGAAGAGACUCCAAAUGAAAAAGAACAUACUUACAUACAGGAGGAAAAGACAAUUCCUGCAGAUGUUCCAGAUGAGGGAAGAUCAUCACUCCCAACAGAUGAGGAGAAGCCAAAUGAAGAGAUCCUAACAAAAGACCCAUCAUCUGAGACCCUGAUAUAAAUAAGACAGAAAAACGUUUUUUUUUCUUCCUAGAUUUUUGUUAUCUUCUAGUUUUAUGGGAAAUGUAACACUAACACUAUUAUGUUACAAUUUAAAAUCAAUUUAUAUGAUUCAAUAACUUAAAUACAGUCUUCCAAAGACCACAAUAACAUUUAACCCUCUCCUCCAUCUAGGUUUAAUUAUCAUGUGUGUAAUGUUUUAAUAAAAUACUCAAUUUCUUUGGUAUUUUGCCUUCAAUAGCCUAGAAAAUAAAAGAAACACAGACGCAAGGAAAACCAAGAAUGGGUAUUUGGAAGGCUAAUAAACCUUACAGCUACGUGAUCUCACAAAUGAUGAUAGUUAUAUAUUUCACAAACUUAAGUUUUACUAAACCAGUAUGGAUUUUCUCAAUAACACCUUAAUAUACUUGUAAAACUUUUCAUUUUUAAUUCACAUUUUUGUUUAAACAUGCUUAAACUCUCUUUCUGUCUGUCAGUCAUUCAAUAAAUUUAUCACUGAUUUA